AUGGAUUCAACCCUGAACGUUCAGCAAUAUAUACAGCAGACCAUCCAACAAAAUCCUGCUGACAUAGAUUUGAUUCUUACCCCUCCUCCCGAUUUGGAUGAUGGCGUAUGGAAAUAUGAACACCUUCGCCAGUUCUGCUUACAACUUAAUGGACUGGCCUUUAUGCUGCAGGAAGAAUGCAACCCUGAAACGUGUAUUCAAAUGACAGCGACGGAACAGUGGAUAUUCCUUUGUGCUGCGCAUAAAAAUCCAAAGGAGCUUCACAACCUAUGUAACGAAGUACAACCUGAUGGCUCAAGAGCAUCUGAUCGUUCCGAUUUACAAGUCAGCAAUAUGAGAAUUGUAGCUUCAUCUGCUUGA